AUGGUUACUGAGUUGAAAGUACGAGACGUGGCAAUCUCACGCCCCACUAAUAUGACUUCGUGCAUACAGAAACCUGAACCUGGUGGGAGAUUUGAGCUGAAGCAGAGUAUGGUGCAAAUUUUGCACACGAAUUGGCAGUUUACUGGUCUUUCACAUGAGGAUCCCACAACUCACAUUCAGAACUUCCUCAAGAUCAGUGAUACUUACACUCCAACUGGGGUGAAUAAAUAUUACGUGAGGCUCACCUUAUUCCCUUUCUCUCUGCUUGGGGAAGCAAAAAGAUGGUUGAACUCAGAGCCUGCAAAUUCAAUUACCACCUGGGACGAUUUGGUACAGAAAUUCCUCAUUAGAUUCUUUCCAUAUGGUAAAACAGCUAAGCUGAGGGGUGAUAUUCUGAGUUUUAGGCAGAAGAGUGGUGGACAGGCCUUAGAGAAGACUUAUGCAGAACUGUUCACCUUGCUAAAUCGGAUCUCUCAGGGUAAUUCGGAGUGGAACAGAGGGCGAAUGAAACAUGUAGUACAGAAAACUGCAGGUAUGCUGGAAGUAGAUGCAAUGACAGCUCUAACUGCACAGAUUUCUACUAUGCAGAAUAUGAUGAGUACACAUUUCAGCAACAUGGCAUUGGGACAACAACAUGUGCAGGUAAAUAUAGUUCAACAACCACCAUCUUGGUGUGAGAUCUCAGGAGGUAGCGAUCACUGUGCAGAGAACCAGGGCCAAGGGCAAAACCAUUAUAGGCCACAAGACAAUGCCAAUGGUUAUCAACCACAGGCACAAAGAGAGCGACCCAAGCAGCAAAGCAAAAACAUGAGUGUGAAGGAGAUGCUGAAAAAGAUUAUGGUUGAUCAAGCCCAGUUAGCUGCUAAUGUGAGGAAUAAUCAGUUAGCUACACAGAAUUUGGAGAAGCAAUUUGGGCAGUUUACUAGUGCCCAAAAUUCACGACCGCAAGGAGGUUUACCUGGAAACACUGACCCAAAUCCUAAACAGGUGAAUGCAGUAAGCACAUGCAGUGGUUUGCAAUUGGAGGAGUUAACUCCUAAGAAAAGAAACACUGAAGUUAUAAACACAGAGACUGAACCUAAAGAAGGUGAGCUUAAGGAGAAUGAAGUAGUUUCACUGGAAGAAAGUGUGCAACCAAUAGUGAGACCACCCCCUCCAUUUCCUCAAAAGUUUAAGAAACAAAAGGAGGACGAAUGUUUUGGUAAGUUUUUCUCUCUCCUGAAACAAGUCCACAUUAACUUGCCAUUGGUGGAUGUUUUGCAGGGUAUAUACCCAGAUCUGGGUAGUUUUACCGUGCAGAUUACUAUAGGGGAAAGCAUCCAUGCUCGAGGGUUGUGUGAUCUAGGAGCGAGUAUAAACUUGAUGCCAACUUCUCUGUACAAAAAGUUGGGGUUGGGUAGUCCUAAACCAACUACCAUAAUUUUGCAGUUGGCGGAUAGAUAUGUAGCUAGACCUGAGGGUGUUGUGAAAGAUGUGUUAGUACAAGUGGGAUCUCUAAUUUUCCCAGUAGACUUUGUAGUAUUGAAUUUCGAGCCUGAUCCUGAGAUCCCUUUCAUCUUAGGACGACCUUUCUUAGCGACUGGUAGGGCAAUGAUAGAUGUAGCAGUUGGGCAGCUUACUAUGAGAGCUCAUGAUAAAGUGGAGGUGUUUGAUGUAUACACAGCCUUAAAAUUGUCAGUUGUGUAUGAGGAGUUGUCUGUCAUAACCGUGAUAGAUCUUGAGGCAUAA